AUGGCAAUCCCCGCAGUCCCUAACGGCGACACCGUCGUCGAGAAACCCGUAGCCGUCGAUCCUUCCCAGCUUCCUUCCUCCAAGUCUUCCGAUGUUCGACUCGUUCAGGCCACCCUUUCAGAGCACAUACAAUGCUCGCGACUAAAUGCUGAGGAAUGGAGAGGCCCAUUGACUAUUGAGCAAUAUCUCAAACGGGAGAAGCACCUUAUGGCCCAGGAACUGACGAAAGAUGGGAAGGAGGUGCCCUGGAUACUUACAGAUACCUCUUUGCCGGCAGAUGAACAUGGGAACAGAGCUAUCCUUGCAUCUUGCGAGACCAUACCAACGCGAGCAUACGUUGCUCGAGAUGGUAAGGUCGAUACGGUUCUGAUUCAUGGCAUAGGAUCUGUCUUUACACGUCCUGAGCACCGUGGCAAAUCCUAUGCAUCACGUAUGAUGACGGAACUGGGAAAGACGCUGGACACAUUUCAACAACCCAACGGUCACCGAAGCCUGUUCUCGGUGCUUUACUCGGACAUUGGCCAGAACUUCUAUUCUCGCUUCGGCUGGCAGGCAUUCCCCUCUACUCACAUUCGUCUUGGUCAGAUGAGUUCAGCGACCUACCAAACAGCGAGUGAGGGCUUGCCCAGUGUGCAGGACCUGACAUCAGCGGACUUGAGGACAAUUCCCGCCAAACAGUACGUUCAAGAUGAGCUACAGACUUUAGCUAGAACCAUGCCGGGCGUAUCGCUGGUGGCAGUUGCACCAAGCGUGGAGCACUUCGAAUGGCAUCAUGCUCGGGAGGAAUUCGUGUCCAAGGCUCUGGGUCGAUCGCUCCCUCAGACCAAGGGAGCUAUCCAUGAGCCAACCGGCGUGGCUGUAAUAUGGUCGCGAACGUUCGCUGCGGAGAAAAGCUCUUGGACAUUGCACAUUCUGCAUGUUGCUGUUCCGCCAAGUGUGAAAGGCUCUCAAGAAGGCCAGGCUGCUCUUGCUGCGCUACUGCUGAGAGCACAACACGAGGCAUGCCGAUCCGAAACACUUACCGGCGUUGAGGUUUGGGAUCCGUCAGAAGAUGUUAUAGCUGCCGCCCAAAGCUUGCAGAAAGAGAAAGGAGACAAGAUCGAGAUUAUUCAUCGCGAUCAGGAUCAUAUCUGCAGUCUACGAUGGAUUGGACCGGAACCAGCCGGUCACCGAGUCGAUUGGCGGUUCACUCAGAAAUAUGCAUGGUGCUGA